GAGCUGUUAAGAAAGGUGUUGAGAUUGCUGGCUCUCAUUUGGCAACUACCAAAGCCUCCAUUGUUUUAUCCAAUAAGGAAGCAGAAUUGAUGGAAAAUUUGAAAAAAGAAAAAGUUGAAUAUGGAGAUGACGAUUAUUCAGAAAUCAAAUUAGAGUAUGAUGUAGACAAGAAAUUAGAACGUUUGCAACCAGGCAAAGACCUUGUUCUGCAAAUAUUUGCGGACAAUAAAACCAGAGAAGAAGGAAAUAUAUUAGUAAUUCCCCAGUCAUGGAACGCAAAAAAGACUGUUUUGCAGGACAUAAAAGAUAAAUCUAAUGAAGGAAUAAAAAAUAUUGGUGAUAAAACUGGAAAUAAAGACAAAUACCUGUUAGAAAUCAAUUUGCCGGGAGUGAAAAAAGAGGAUGUCAAGAUUGAAGUAGAAGAAAAUAUUAUCAGAGUCAGUGGUGAAAGGAAAGAAGAGAAAAAACAAGAUGACGCUAAACAACAUUAUUCAGAAAUUUUCUACGGAAAAUUUUAUCGGGAAUUUGUUCUCCCAACUCUAGUUAAGAAAGAAAAAGUUAAGGCGAAUUAUGAGAAUGGAGUAUUGACUAUAACCGCUUUCAAAGAUUCUCAAAGCCACGCCCAUCAAGUUAAUAUUGAUGGGUUCCCUAUCAUAGUCGAAAUUAACGAAAUAGAUUUUCCAACUGGUAAGGGUGAUGAAAAGGCCAAAAUUACAAAAAUAUCUUUUACGGGAAAUGAAAGCGUGAAGGGUGUUUUUGAGGCUAAUAAAACUUAUCAGAUGACUUUUGACGACCAGGAUGUGGAGGAUGACCGACAACCGACUAUGACUCAGAACACUGCCAGUGCGGGUGGAUUUGCUUUUGGUCCCGGUGAUAAACUUCCUAACCAUUUAGUUCUAGAAUCGGACAAUGAUUUAAGAGUAGUUUAUCACAACAAGGACAAAUUACAAAUCGCCGAGCAAAGUUCCCAAGGCUCCCAAAGUGGUGAAAGUGGAGAAGGGCCGACGGAAACAAAAGACACAGGAAAUAGAAAAGACAAUUCUGAAGAUACUUCUAACUCCAACCAAGGAAAUGAUAAUGACAACCAAACUCCCCCUCCCAAUAAUCAACCAACUCAGGAGGAAAUUAAUGAAAAUCGAGAAAAAUUGAACCAAGCCGCCCAAGGCAGUGAUAAGGAAAAAAUAUCUGAUUCCAUUGAAAAAAACGAGGAAUUAAAAGACAAAGGAGCCAAGCAGUCUGAAGAGGACAAGGCUGCUGAGGAAGCCGCACGGAAAAAAUUAGCGGAAGACAAAAAGAAAUAUCAAGAAACCAUUGCUAAGACAAUCAAAAACAGACUGGAAGCCAACGGUGUGAAAAAAGAUGAAUUAAGCACCGAAGCAAACACUAAUUUAGAGAAAUUAGAAGGUGAGGAAAUUAUUGAACCAAGUCAGGUGGAUGCCGCCGAAAAGAUAAUAGUUGAAGACACUUAUAAAAAAGCCGCUGAGAAAAAGUUAACUGAUUUGGAAAAUAAAGUCAACCAAGCCACAAAAAGUAAAAAUGAGAAAGAAUUGAAAAAGUUAAAGCAAAUGUUAUCUCAAUUUAUUGACAAUGCGAAUUACCAAUCAAAAAAAUCUGAGGCUGAAUCAUUAAUAAAAAAAAUAGAAAACACUCUAAAACAAAGUAGUAAUUCUAGCGAAUCAAAGGGUAAUAAAAAUGAUAUUCCUUGA